AUGCUGGGCAUUGUAACUGAAUUCGUUUUAUCGGAAGGUAAAAAGCCGAUUGACAGAAAUUUUUCUGUUAGCGAUCCGACUCGACAAUAUUUAGGUUAUCUUGAUUUUGCACUGGAUAAUUCGUGUUUUAAUGGCCAACCGACUAUUGGCUUUGAAUACGGUAGUUUUGGUUACUCAACUGCAAAACUCUUCCGAUUUGAUCAAGAGUUGAUCGAUACAUGUAAUUUAAAACCUACAUAG